UUCAUUUGACAUUUUUUCCCUCAGAUUUAUUGACACGUUUGUCGUCCAUGUUGUCAGGUGUUCGGUGCUAGUUUAUAGUCAGAAAAGAAGUAAACAUUACGGUCGAAAAAAGGGUUUAAAGUGACAAACAGAAGGAGACCACACACAAUGUCCAGCAGUGUGCUGUGUGGUCGGGGCCGGUUGGUCCUCACUAAGACUGCUGGCCAUCAAGUAUUAGCUGCCCUGCGAGUCGGCAGAACCAGAACCUUCUCUGCUGCCAGCUCAGACGAGCCGUACAUAGCUUCAUCACACACACAGUCAGGCCCCAGGACCGUGUGGCCCGAUGAGAACAUGGGACCAUUCGGACCUCAGGACCAGCGCUUCCAGUUGCCGGGUAACUCUGGCUUUGACUGCCACCUGGAGGGCAUGGGCCCCCAAAGAAAGACUCCAGUCCACAGGACGGUGCCGGAUGUACUGACGGCCCCGAGCUGCUCAGAGAGACACCAGUUCAUCCUGGCCCAGUUUGUAAAUGAGUUCCAGGGAAACUUAGGUGGUAUAGACACGAGAGUGAACAAAGCUGAGCAGUACUUUCAUCAGACGGACACAGACUGCGCCAUCAGUUCCUGCCCUGAGCUGCUGAGAAAAGAUCUCGAGCUGAUGUUCCCCUCAGCGCCCACUGCCUCCAUCACAGUGGUGACGGUCACACAGAGCAACAGUCGGUGUGAGGAGGCGGCAGAGCAGGACAGAGAGCAGCAGCUCCACAAAUUUGUGAGCGGAGCAAAGGAAAUGUGCUUCGCUCUGUGGACUGCCGGCUACUGGGCGGACUUUAUUGACCCGACAACAGGAGAAGCUUUCUUUGCAUCUCCAUCAAAUCAAACCAAACUGCGGACAGAGGAGGAACUAACAGAUCUGGGCUUCCACAUCGAGGUGUCCGGCUCCUGCACAGUUAUUCGCCACAUCCUGAGAGGAACGCCUAUGUUCGUGGGGACCGUUUUCACCAACGCACCUGCUCACAGUGCUGCUAUUGCAAGACUACAAGGACUUUAAAAUGUACUCUCUGAUGAGGAAUAGGCUUUUUAUUAAAUAUUGCACGGAUUUAAAUCCACGACAUGCCUCCUAUUUAUGUUUGACGGAGCGUGGAACUUGGUAUACUGAUGGCACGGUGGAAGUCUGUUGUACUGUAACGAGGACUUGACUGAGACCUUAAUGUAGAAGAGGUCCCCCCGGCGUACCUUGCACUACAUCCUGGGAGAAACACACUCAGUGCAGGGGGAGGGAUCAUAUUACCAAUAAAAAGGCAUUUCAACAUGUAAUACCUGCUGUUUGAUACGUUUGUAGGCAACACUGAGAGGAUGACGACACCUGUGUUUUUUGAUAAUGGACUGAACUGGAAACCCAGAUCUCAGGUUAAAGCUUUUCAUAUAAAAGUGUUGUAAAUGUUUCUCUAACCCGGUGCACAUAAUCUGAAGUUGAAGACAGUUCUGACGGUCAUAACUACUGAGCAAAUAAAGUGACUCUUUAAGUUACUGAACAUGUCAGUCUGGCCAUCUGAAUAUUAGUUCACUGUGAACCUGUUUUAAUAACGAAUGCAAAGCUUAUGUUUUGAAAAGAUAAACUGACUCAGCUGACAUUUCUUUUUGUCACAAAGCAAAAUAGGUUUGUUAUUAUUUGUCGCCCUCUAGUACAAAGAACGGUUGACCCCUUAAACUUCAGCUUGCCACAUUUCUAAGAAUGAGAGCGUUCUCUUGACUCCUGUUCUACCUCUUACAAUGAAUAAAUGGCAAAGACAACAAAUAACAA